CAGACAUUGAAUUUGGUGGCUUGCGGUCUCGUGGAGAAGGCCGGCGGAGGUGAUCUCUCUUCGGCAAGGAGAGUUGGAAGCGAGCAGCCGAGUUUAUAAGCCAGACGAACACACGUUAGAGAUAGGUUUUUCCAAUCUUCGCCGAAUUCCGAGCCUCAAAUGAGUUUGUAAAUUGAUAUGAAAGGUGAAUGUUAAUUCGUGAGCCAGCACCGGCAAACAUGAGGAUCCCGGCUCUCCAUCGGAAGUAUAGACGGCCGCGCACCUUGAUCCCAAGCCACUCGACGCUGUGUCCUGCACAAGACUGUUUGUAUUAGAAAUCCGACGUCACGAUUCAUAAGGCGACUGGUGGUUUGUGUAUUCUCAAAAUAGACUUCGAACCAGGGUACCUAGCAUUUAUAUCUCGUCGCGCUGACUUCUCAGAGUUAAACCCUGCCAGUGCCAAUCCUAUGAACUCAGGGUGAAGACCAAUUUUAAUUCCUACCCAUAUGAAGAUAGUUCCAAGUAAACCACAUUCAACAUGGUGACGCAAACCACUACCCAAACACAGAAUGGCAGCAUUCAGCUCUCUCCAGAUAAGUCAAAGCGUAUCUCUCCCGAAGCCCUGUGCCAUGUCGUCCUGCGCACGACGCCAGACAACUUCGAAGACAUGGUAGAGUUCUACCUCACGAUCCUCGGAGGACGGGUCUCGCACCGAUCCCACCGCCUGUGCUUCAUGACAUACGACUACGAGCACCACCGCAUCGCCAUCGUCAAGGACCCGACGGCGACCCCGCGCGAGGCGGGCGCCCCGCAAGUCGGUCUGCACCACAUGGCGUUCGGGUUCAAGACGCUGCAGGACCUAGUCACGUCGUACGAGGAGAAGAAGGCGGCUGGGAUCCUCCCGGUCUGGUCUGUCAACCACGGCAUUAGCACCAGUAUGUACUACGAGGACUUGGACGGCAACCAGCUCGAGUUCCAGGUGGAUAAUUAUGAUACGGUGCCCGAGGCCGUGGAGUUCAUGGCUUCUCCUGAGUUCGUGGAGAACCCCGUUGGAGUCGAUUUUGACCCGGAGGUCUUCGUUAAGAGAGUCAGGAGCGGGGAGGAUGAUAAGAGUAUUAAGGCUAGGCCGAAUGUUGGUCCGAGGGAUAGGAAGUAGGGUAGGUUUUAAUGGCGUUGGGAUUGGUGCGUUGAUCACUGCAAUUAUAAUCAGGAUCAACUGUGCUCCAUCGGUAAUUCAAAUAUAGGUGCUUUUCGGAUAUCAAGGAGCUAAUUUCAGUUAUAUACAAUGACUAGGGGGGAUGCCUGUACAAUAGGUAGGGGUCCAUCAAUUGUCUUUCUUCGGAAUCAUUUUAUAUGAUAGAGC